UCCCGGAGGCAGAAGCGGCUGUGACUCACCUGGCACGGAUCGUUGGGCACACAGCGCCCCUCCUGUGGGUCCUGUCCGCUGCACUGGCACCUGUCGCAUCCGUACCUGCGCCCGCACCUCCCUCCUGCCCGCCGGUGCGCGCGGCUACUCUCUGCCCCGCAGUAGGAGGGACGCGAGAGGGUCCGGACCGCGGAGCGCGCGCCGGGCGCAGCGAGGGGCCGAGGACUCCCGUGGGUCGCGCACGAUCCCGCAGGCCACGCUUCCCAGCCGAGGAAACCAGAGCCACGGCGCCCGGCUCCCGGUCUGGACGCCGCCGGGCUCUGGCGGCCUCCGCCGCAGAGCGCACCUGGCUCCGCCCCCGCCCGUGGCCCCGCCCCGCCCCGGGCACCUGAACUAGUCCCGCGCGCCCGGGCGCCGCGACAGGUGGAGCAGAGCCGGGCCGUGCGCCGCGUCCCGUGCCGCGCUCCGAGCCGCGCUCCCCGGCGCCACCAUGGGCAGCAGCACGAGCCGCAGCGACUUCGAGUGGGUCUACACCGACCAGCCGCACACGCAGCGGCGCAAGGAGAUGCUGGCCAAGUACCCGGCCAUCAAGGCCCUGAUGCGGCCGGACCCGCACCUCAAGUGGGCCGUGCUGGGGCUGGUGCUGGCGCAGCUGCUGGCCUGCUGGCUGGUGCGGGGGCUGGCCUGGCGCUGGCUGCUCUUCUGGGCCUACACCUUCGGCGGCUGCGUGAACCACUCGCUGACGCUGGCCAUCCACGACAUCUCGCACAACACCGCCUUCGGCACGGGAGCCGCCGCCCGCAACCGCUGGUUCGCCAUCUUCGCCAACCUGCCCAUCGGCGUGCCCUACUCCGCCUCCUUCAAGAAGUACCACGUGGACCACCACCGCUACCUGGGCGGCGACGGGCUGGAUGUGGACGUGCCCACGCGCCUGGAGGGCCGGCUCUUCUGCACGCCGGCCCGCAAGCUGCUCUGGCUGGUGCUGCAGCCCUUGUUCUACUCGCUGCGGCCGCUCUGCGUGCACCCCAAGGCCAUGACGCGCAUGGAGGUGUUCAACGCCCUGGCGCAGCUGGCGGUGGACGCCGCCAUCCUCAGCCUCUGGGGGGUGAAGCCCAUGGCCUACCUGCUGGCCAGCACCCUCCUGGGCCUGGGCCUGCACCCCAUCUCGGGCCACUUUGUCGCUGAGCACUACAUGUUCCUCAAGGGCCACGAGACCUACUCCUACUACGGGCCCCUCAACUACAUCACCUUCAACGUGGGCUACCACGUGGAGCACCACGACUUCCCCAGCAUCCCCGGCUGCUACCUGCCCCUGGUGCGGAAGAUCGCGCCCGAGUACUACGACCACCUGCCGCAGCACCACUCGUGGGUGAAGGUGCUCUGGGACUUUGUGUUCGAGGACUCCCUGGGGCCCUACGCCAGGGUGAAGCGAGUAUGCAAGCUGGCAGAGGACCCUGCCUCCGGGUCUCCGUCCUGAGCGGGCGCCCUGGACUCCACCGGCGCCACGCACGCCCCACCGCCUCAGGCCCAGUGCAGGCUUGGCUGCAUCUGGCCCCCACGGAGCUCUGGGGGCAGCCAUUGGUGGCCGCACCCAGUGACCAGAGAAGCCCAUCUGCUCGUGGACUCGCUGGGCACCUUUCCGGGCCUUACCGGGUAAGGCUUGGACCCCCGCCCUGACCUGCCGGCCCUGUGCCCGUGGUCUCCAUGGAGCUGACUUCUCUGGUGUCCCGUGCCCUAAAUUAAAUCCAGUGUUUGUUUUCACA